UUUGCCCGAGCCUGAGAUUCCUACUGGCUGAGACCGGAAUCUAUACUCAACCUAGGUGAGCUAUUUCACUGCUAUUUGAAAAUGUCUUCCGCCGCUCGAUCUGCUCCUGUUGUUUACUAUCCUUUCCUGUCCCUCCCUCAUAUACUGGAGCCUGUCUCUGGGGUGUUCCGUACACUCAGUUAUCAGUCCACCAAAGGAGACCUGGAGAUCCAUCGUUGGCCCCUUUAUAUAGUAUCAUUCUUGUGGAUGACUCCGUUGCGAUCAUUCUUGCUGUUUUCUUUCAUGUUUUGAUCCACCUCAACCAACCCUACUGGCUGGCCACUUUCAUACAUACUAGCCCUUUGGCCUUGGGACGUGUGGAGGGAUUUAAUCCGUCUACUACACUUUUCAAUCUUGAUCUUUCAUUCUAGAGAAAGACGGCACAGACCUUCACAAUGGAGAGGAAACACAGAUGGGG